GCGGAGCAAACACCUCUGAACCUGUUUCCUCGAGACUGAUACGCGUCCUUCUAUCACGUGGCCCGAAAGCCGCGCCUCUUUCCAGUUGGGUUUCAGAGGCAGUGUUCUUCUCCCCAGUCCCCGUCACGUGCACUCGGCGGUGGGAAGGAGCUUGCUGACUAGCGGUGGUCACCUUGCAUAGACUCCGCGCCGGAGCAGGCGGCCGUGCUGGACGCUGGUUGGUAACAUGGAGGAGGAGGAGGAGGGCGGAUACGUGCCCAGCGACCUGACCCCUGAGGAAUGCCAAGAGCUUGAGAAUAUCCGUCGACGCAAGCAGGAGCUGCUGGCAGACAUACAGCGUCUGAAAGAUGAGAUAGCAGAGGUAACUAAUGAAAUCGAGAAUCUGGGCUCCACGGAAGAGAGGAAAACCAUGCAAAGAAACAAGCAGGUGGCGAUGGGCAGGAAGAAGUUCAACAUGGACCCUAAGAAGGGGAUCCAGUUCCUGAUAGAGAAUGACCUCUUGAAGAACACCUGUGAUGACAUUGCCCAGUUCCUCUACAAAGGAGAAGGGCUCAACAAGACUGCCAUUGGCGAUUACUUGGGUGAAAGAGAUGAAUUCAAUAUCCAGGUGUUGCACUCAUUUGUAGAGCUGCAUGAGUUUACAGACCUCAACCUUGUCCAGGCGCUGCGGCAGUUCCUCUGGAGCUUCCGGCUGCCGGGUGAAGCACAGAAGAUUGAUCGGAUGAUGGAAGCCUUUGCACAACGGUAUUGUCAAUGCAACCCCGGUGUCUUCCAGUCUACAGAUACUUGUUACGUGCUCUCAUUUGCCAUCAUCAUGCUCAACACCAGCCUGCACAACCCCAACGUCAAGGACAAGCCGACUGUGGAGCGCUUCAUCGCGAUGAACCGUGGCAUCAAUGAUGGCGGGGACCUGCCCGAGGAGCUGCUUAGGAAUCUGUACGAGAGCAUUAAAAACGAGCCCUUCAAAAUCCCUGAGGAUGACGGCAACGACUUGACGCACACCUUCUUCAACCCAGACCGCGAAGGCUGGCUUCUGAAGCUCGGAGGUGGCCGGGUGAAGACAUGGAAACGGCGCUGGUUCAUCUUGACGGACAACUGCCUUUACUAUUUUGAGUACACCACGGACAAGGAGCCACGAGGCAUUAUUCCAUUGGAGAAUCUGAGUAUCCGUGAGGUUGAGGAUUCCAAGAAGCCUAACUGCUUUGAGCUGUAUAUCCCUGACAACAAGGACCAGGUGAUCAAGGCCUGUAAGACUGAGGCAGAUGGGCGUGUGGUGGAAGGGAACCACACUGUGUACCGCAUCUCUGCACCCACCCCAGAGGAGAAGGAUGAGUGGAUGAAGUGCAUCAAAGCUGCAAUUAGCCGGGACCCAUUCUACGAGAUGCUGGCUGCACGCAAGAAGAAGGUCUCCUCCACCAAGAGACAUUAGCCAUAUGGCUUAGUUGAGCAGCAGUGACGUUGGCAGACAGUGCCUCUCAGUCUCUUGACAGAAGGGAAGGGGAGAGAGACUACGCAGACCUGCCUGCUCUGCAUUGCCACCCUGAGGGGGACUAGCUUCAGCUUUUGCUAUUCUUUUCUGGUUUGGGGGCAGGAAGAGUUGGGAGUGGGCUAUGUUGAUGGCAACAACCAACUCUCACUGACUUCUUUAAUUUGCAAGAAUGCCAUCAUCCUGCCAGCCCUGCAGCUGGGCAGCUUGAAGCCACACUGCAUCAUCGGUAGUCCAAGCUGCAGGAAGAGAAGAUCAUUGGGGUCUUUUUUGUUACCAUGGCUUACUUGUUCAUUGCCUGUGCUGAUGGUGAGGCAGAAAGCAUCAUGUCAUGUGCGCCCACCCCCAAAGGGUCACAGACCAAUUCAGGCUGCCAGUGGGAAGUGUCAGCUGUGGCAAGCUUUAGGCUAAUACUCUCUGAGAGCCCAAAUCAGGAAUGGACUAUAUACUGCCAAAGGGAUAGAUCAGUCUGCAGGAGAGUUGGGGGUAUGACUCUCUAGCUUUGAAGCACAGAGAUCCCUGAGGCACUCUGUGUCACCCUGUUGCUCCUCAUGGCUUCUUUCCCCCCAACACGGUUGAGCUGUGUGCUCUGUUACGUUUAAUUUCUGGGGUUCUCCUUAGCAAGGAGUUUUGUUAACCAUGUUGGGUAAUGAGCAAGCAAGAAUGUGUCAGUCCCAACAGCUGGCAGGGUGAAUAACAGCAAGACUGCCACUUCCAGGAUUUCUGCUGCCCUCGUUCUAGAGGGCACUGACGUAGGCUGUCUCUUAGGUGAACCAGGAAUUAGGCUAGCCUGAGGCUCACUUAAACUAUCGUGCCAACAUGAGAAGGCGGUGCUGCUGUGAACUAGUUGGGUGUGCAUAUGGUGGGCAGGUGGCGUAACCUUUGUUGAUGCUCCACAGGUAGGAUUUUUUUUUUUGCACUGAUGGUUGCUGGGAACCAUCCCACCCAGCAGUCGGGCACAAUGCUGUCCCUGAAGCCAAAGUAUCUUCCAUUUUCAUUUCUUGUUCAGCAUUGCAAAUGAUGGCUCGAGAGCAGCCAGAGCUCAAGAGAAGAGAUGUCCUGCACCAUUCCCUGCUGUACUGCAGACAGAAGUAGAGGAAGGCUGGUUCUGGAUUCUCUAACAUAGGCUGCCCUCUUGCAGUUGCACUUUUCUGUAGAGGGGUGGGUGAAUUAGGAUGGAGGCUGUCCUUGGACCAGGGGGAGAAGUAGUUCUUGGCCCUGAAGCACAAGCAGGUGGUUGGUUGUUGGAGAACCAUUGAGAGCCUUGAGUUUCGGUAGGGGUGGGUGGGAUGGGCUUUUGUGGGAUGGGCUGAUGGCUUAUGUCUGAAAUGCCGAGCUGGGCAGGGGAGUGGGGUGAGCCCUGAGAAGACUGGCUUCCCUUGCAAAGGACUGUUGAUUACAUCAUGCGCCAUGGCGAGCUCCAGUUCCCCAGCUCAGUAUUAAUCUAUUUAUCGGAGAUGUACAUACUCUUACAGACCCUUCUCCUUUUUAGAUUAUUUUGUAUUUGUUUUUAAAUAAGAGGAUUGUUUUUUGUGAAACACAGCAGGAUUCUUAAACAUUGCUGUAGCACAAGGGGGAAAGCAAGGGAAUUGUGGGAGGAGGGUGGAAGUUAUUCCAGGUCAAACAGUUUGGUUAUGGUUUUUUGUGUUGAAUCUCCUUCCCCCCCCGCCCCCCGUGUUGGAUUUUUGUUUUGUUGCCACGACCUUGUGAUCUAGCACAGCAACUGCAGCAAAUAAAUGUUGGUCUUACACUUGGU